UUCUCCCUCGCCAAGAUGUCGGCCGCCAUCGCUGCGCUCGCCUCGUACGGCGGCUCCGAUUCGGACUCGGACCCCGGCUCCGACGCCGAGGCUCGGACCGGCCCCUCCGCGCAGGUGGCGGCCGGGGACUCGGUGCUGCACCUGGCCUCGCUGCCUUCUGCCCCGCCGGCGAUCGUGGCCGCGGUGGACUCGGCCCCCGCGGUGGCUGUGAAGGAAGAUGUGGAGACAGGAGUUCAUCUUGAUCCAGCUACCAAGGAAGUUCAGUAUAACCCAACAUACGAUACCAUGUUUGCACCUGAGUUUGGGCCAGUGAAUCCUUUUAGGACUCAGCAGAUGGCUGCACCUAGGAAUAUGCUUUCUGGAUAUACAGAACCAGCACACAUUAAUGAUUUCAUGUUUGAACAACAAAGAAGAACAUUUGCAACCUAUGGAUAUGCUCUAGAUCCCUCAGUAGAUAAUUAUGAUGUUUCUACCAAAUAUAUUGGAUCUGUUGAGGAAGCUGAAAAGAACCAAGGUCUAACAGUGUUUGAAACAGGACAGAAGAAAACAGAAAAAAGGAAGAAAUUCAAAGAGAAUGAUGCAUCUAAUAUUGACGGUUUCUUGGGACCGUGGGCAAAGUACAUUGAUGAAAAGGAUGUUGCCAAACCUUCAGAAGAAGAACAGAGGGAACUAGAUGAAAUAACAGCAAAGAGACAGAAGAAAGGCAAGCAUGAAGAUGAUAAACCUGGAGAAGAAAAGACUAUUCUGCAUGUCAAAGAGAUGUAUGACUACCAAGGGAGGUCCUACCUUCAUGUCCCUCAGGAUGUUGGAGUUAACCUGCGUUCAGCUGUGCCCCCUGAGAAAUGUUACCUUCCUAAGAAACAGAUCCAUGUGUGGUCUGGGCAUACAAAGGGUGUCAGUGCUGUCAGGCUGUUUCCUCUUUCGGGCCACCUGUUGCUGUCUUGUUCGAUGGACUGCAAAAUGAAGCUCUGGGAAGUAUAUGGUGAACGAAGAUGCUUACGAACAUUCAUCGGACACAGUAAAGCUGUUCGAGAUAUAUGCUUCAAUAAUGCUGGGAGCCAGUUUCUCAGUGCUGCAUAUGACCGGUAUCUUAAACUCUGGGAUACUGAAACAGGACAGUGUAUUUCAAGGUUCACCAACAGAAAGGUUCCUUAUUGUGUCAAGUUCAAUCCGGAUGAAGAUAAGCAAAACCUUUUUGUGGCAGGGAUGUCAGAUAAGAAAAUAGUUCAGUGGGAUGUUCGAAGUGGAGAAAUCGUACAGGAGUAUGAUAGGCAUUUAGGAGCUGUCAACACCAUUGUGUUUGUGGAUGAGAACAGACGAUUUGUCAGUACAUCUGAUGACAAGAGUUUAAGAGUUUGGGAAUGGGACAUUCCAGUAGAUUUCAAGUACAUAGCAGAACCAAGUAUGCACUCCAUGCCAGCAGUGACUUUGUCUCCAAAUGGAAAAUGGUUGGCAUGUCAAUCGAUGGACAAUCAGAUUUUGAUUUUUGGAGCUCAGAACAGAUUCCGACUAAAUAAAAAGAAAAUUUUCAAGGGGCAUAUGGUGGCAGGCUAUGCUUGUCAAGUUGAUUUUUCACCUGACAUGAGCUAUGUGAUAUCGGGAGAUGCAGAUGGAAAACUCAACAUCUGGGACUGGAAAACGACAAAACUCUAUAGUAGGUUAAAAGCCCACGACAAAGUCUGCAUUGGCACAGUGUGGCAUCCACACGAAACAUCCAAGGUGAUCACAUGUGGGUGGGAUGGCCUCAUUAAACUAUGGGACUGAAAGCUCUGUGCUAAAUUGUGCGCAUGCCGUUUUGGAAAUGCUCCAACCAAGA